AGAGGGAGUAGUGGCUCUGUCCUAGACCUGGAGUAGAGGGAGUAGUGGCUCUGUCCUAGACCUGGAGUAGAGGGAGUAGUGGCUCUGUCCUAGACCUGGAGUAGAGGGAGUAGUGGCUCUGUCCUAGACCUGGAGUAGAGGGAGUAGUGGCUCUGUCCUAGACCUGGAGUAGAGGGAGUAGUGGCUCUGUCCUAGACCUGGAGUAGAGGGAGUAGUGGCUCUGUCCUAGACCUGGAGUAGAGGGAGUAGUGGCUCUGUCCUAGACCUGGAGUAGGGGACAGGGGGUAGGGGACAGUUGGGUUGUGGGCAGUCCAAAGGAGGUAGGGUGUGUGUGAUAACCAUCCUGGAGUAGGGGAUAGGGGAUUAGUCCACAGGAAGCAGCAGAGGAGUGAUAACCCCAUGGUGGAUCUGCUGUGAGGAGGAAGGACCCAGGAGGAUGUCAUCAGCCGGAGGAGAGUCAGCCAGCUCGGAGCUCCAAGCAGGUGUCAAAACCAGCACUCUGAGACGGGAGUCCAGGAGGACUAAAGCAGGUCAGGACCGCACUGAGACGGGGCUGAUUAAGCGUUUCCGUGGUGAUGGCGUGCGCUACAAGGCCAAGCUGAUCGGGACUGAUGAGGUGACAGCGGCACGUGGGGACAAGCUGUGCCAGGACUCCAUGAUGAAGCUCAAGGGAAUGGCUUCGUCAGCGCGCUCCAAAGGAGAGCACAAGCAGAGAGUCUUCCUCACCAUCUCUUUCGGGGGGAUCAAGAUUUACGACGAGAGAUCAGGGGUUCUGCUGCAUCACCACUCAGUGCAUGAGAUCUCCUAUAUCGCCAAGGAUACCCGGGAUCACCGGGCCUUUGGCUACGUCUGUGGGAAGGAGGGACACCACAGGUUUGUGGCCAUCAAGUCUGGCCAGUCGGCGGAGCCACUGAUCAUUGACCUGCGUGACCUCUUCACGCUCAUCUACGACAUCAAGCAGCGAGAGGAGAUGGAGAAGAAGUCCCAGCAGGACAAGCAGUGUGAGCAGGCCGUCUACCAGACCAUUCUCGAGGAUGAGGUGGAUGAUCCAGUUUACCAGUACAUUGUGUUUGAGGCUGGACAUGAGCCCCUCCGUGGCCACCAAUCAGAGGAGAGCGUUUACCAGGUCCCUACCGCUACCAGUCAGCAGAAGGGAGAAGGGAUCUAUGACGUCCCAAAACGCCAUUUUAUGACUAACAUCAACCACUUUGAUCUGUUCGGAGACAUGUCCACUCCACCCUCGAUGCCCCCGUCCCCGGCCAACACUUUGGACCCCAGCAGGAGCCACCACCAGCACCAGCACCAACACCCCCCAGAGAUGUUCACCGGCCCCUUCAGCCCCACCUCUGUCCCCUCGGGGUACAUGACCAUGGGGCCAGUCCAGGCAGCCCAGUGGGCCCAGCAGGGAUCCUUCUCUGGCCAGGCCCAGACCCUGGCCUUUGGGGUGCAGGGGCCCCUCCAGGUUACCCAGGUCCUCCCGGGAGGCCAGCCCGUCAUCUGGAGCCAGGCCAACAUCUUCCCUGCCACCCAGCAGCAGUGGGCCGCCAUGGCUGCCUAUAUGCCCGCCCAGGCCGUGGGCGUAGGGGGUCACCACCUCCCCAUGAUGGUGCCCAUCACCACCGUGUGCCCUGGCCCCCAGGGCCUACACUACGACCUCUCCUCCACCCCCUCCUCGGCCAUCACCAGCCCCCAGCACCAGGCGAUGGACCCCGCCCUGCUCCAGCAGCUCCAGCAGCAGCACAGCCUCAGUGGGGAUUCUGACGCAGGAGAAGGUCCCUCUUCGCUGGGCCUUGUCAUGGUGGGCAGCAGGUGUGGAACACCUGGGCCGAUGAGUCCCACUUCAAUGGGUCUGGGUGCUGUGGGCAGGUGUGAGACGCCUGUUAGCCUUGUCAUGAUGGCGAGGUGUGAGACACCCGGCCCUGGUCCAGUGAACGUUCCUCCUGACACCCUGGUCUGUAGCCAGCUGUGCCUGGGGUCACCGGCUGUGAUGUCACCGGCCUUGACCCAGGAAGAGGAAGGCAGCUGUAGUGACCUUGACCUCUCUCGGAUGACCUUGAGUCCUGGCACAUCCACCUCACCGUCCACUGACUCAGCCCCAGCCCCCCAGCCUGGACCGUCCUCAGACUCCGCCUCGUCCCAGACCAGUGACCCCCCCACGGACCACUCUCCCAUCCAAACACAGGCCACACCCCCCAGCACCAGGGAGGAUGACUCGGGCUUAUGCACCAGGGCUCUGUCUCCCUGUCCAUCCGGAGAUGCUCCACCUGAUUCUCCCCAGGCCCAGAUCUGUCCACAGGAAGACAGUUAGAGAACUCUGGGAGAAGGGACCUCUGUGACCUCUAUGAGGAUAGAAGAAGAUGAGAGGAGAGGAGGACAGCGGACUGAGAGAUGGAGAGGAGGACAGCGGACUGAGAGAUGGAGGAGAGGAGGACAGCGGACUGAGAGAUAGAGGAGAGGAGACUCUGGACUCCUAUGUCCCUCCUAAUAACUUGAUUACGGAUCUCUGUUCUGGAGAAUGCUGAUAUUGGCAGCCUAAAGCAGCAAUAUCAUAGGAUUGGCUUCUUUCCUGAGCUGGACAGCACAACACUCUCCUCACAUGCUGUCUUUCCCCCCCAGCCAAUCGGAAGCCCUUUCUCCCAUGAAGUGACCUAUGAUCUGUGACCAAACUGUAGCAGUGGGUCGUUAACACGACAACUUCCUGCCACAGGUCAGUGGGCGGAGACACAUUAUCUAUCAUGUGGCCUGGGAGGACCAAUCAAACUGCAUGGUCAGGAUGAGGAUUCAAAUGGGUUCUAAGGAUUAAAUCAUUUUUGGGGUGAUUUUGAGGAGGAAUGGUGUCCUAUGGGGUUAUACCCUUCGUUUGGAGAACUGCCACGCGACUCAGAGUACUCACUAUGUAGAACAGAUGGAUUUGCAAAAUGUUUUCAAACAGCUGACUUGUUCCAUUGGCAUGAACAUACUAUGUAUUGUGGAUCCAGCGAAACUGCGAGACAACUGAUCUCCAUAGCUUCAACGCUUCCUUUUCAAUGCUUAAAGAUAAAAAUAUCAUUUUUAUUUUGUAAGCUGCGACUUCUGAGUUGACGCUUCUGAGCAUUUUAUGGAUAACGAAAACAGCUUCGAGGCAUCAGUCGAAAUAAUUCCUGUUUGCCAAACUUCUAUUUUGUAAAUAAGAUUUCCUCAAGACCCCUUACACCGGAAUCUCUGUGCCAAAAGAUAGGUCUGUCAUCUGCCUCUCUGAUGCAAGCUACCUGUGGCUCUCUCAACUUCAAAGCAACGCCACACCAGCACCUCUGUCUGUAUUGUCUGGAUGUUUGCUUUGCUUUCUUGACAUUUGAUUUGAUUUGUUGACUUUCUGUUUCUGUGUUGAGUUUUGGUCAGUCAGUCUGUGAAUCUGUGUUACAUAGCCGUUGAAUCAAAGCAACGAUGGGGGUACCUGCUACCUGCUACCUGCUACCUACGUAUGACGUAACUCACUCUUUUGAAAGUAAAAUGGCCAUCCUCACACACAAAAUAAAAGAUCCACAGGCCAAUAAAGUCCCUGUCACUUU